AAAAUUGAAGAUGGCUUCCUGCAAAAAGUGAAAAGAUUCGUGUAGUUCAAGGAGUUUUCUCUGCAAAAAUUAACCCCAUAUUUCUCAAUUUAAAAUUAAAUAAAUUGUGAAAAUAUAAUCCAUAUAUAAUUUUCCAUAAAUUUAUAAACAUUUUAAUCAACAAAAAGUUCGAAUAAAAGCAUUAUUUCAAUCUAAAAAAACCAAGUUCAAUUGAUUUCUUUGCUAUCCGUCGUCGUCGGUGUGACACAUUUAAGACGUAAUUUCACAAUCGCAAAAAAAAAUCGAACCAAAAAAAAAAAAAACAGAAUUUUCUUCCCUAUCGAAUUUUAUUUAAAUCGUCAAAAUAUUUCCACAAAAUAGCUACAACUACCAGAAGUUAACUAUGAGUAGUCAGCCAAGUCCAGCGAGCCUUAAUCCUCAGGCUGAAACUGAUAAGGUAUUUCAAUGGAUCAACGAGCUUGCCCAUCCAGAAACUCGCGAAACUGCUUUGCUGGAACUUAGCAAGAAACGCGAAACCGUAACAGAUUUAGCACCAAUGCUAUGGCAUAGUUUUGGUACAACAGCUGCCCUCCUGCAAGAGAUUAUCAAUAUUUAUCCCUCAAUUAAUCCUGCCACUUUAACUGCACACCAAUCAAAUAGGGUAUGCAAUGCUCUUGCCUUGCUUCAAUGUGUUGCAUCGCAUCCAGACACACGAACUGUAUUUCUGCAGGCACAGAUUCCAUUGUUCUUGUAUCCAUUUCUGCAUACAACAUCAAAAACUCGACCAUUUGAAUAUUUAAGAUUAACUAGUUUGGGUGUAAUUGGGGCUCUUGUUAAGACUGAUGAACAAGAAGUGAUAACUUUCCUAUUAACAACUGAAAUCAUUCCUCUUUGCUUACGAAUAAUGGAGUCAGGCUCAGAGCUGAGCAAAACUGUGGCGACAUUUAUUUUGCAAAAGAUUUUACUUGAUGAAAGUGGUUUGUCAUAUAUUUGUCAAACUUAUGAAAGGUUUUCUCAUGUUGCAAUCAUUUUGGGCAAAAUGGUUAUUCAACUUGCCAAAGAACCUUCCGCACGAUUACUUAAGCAUGUUGUUCGUUGUUAUUUAAGGCUUUCAGAUAAUCCAAGGGCCAGAGAAGCUUUGCGACAGUGUCUUCCUGAUCAAUUACGUGAUGCAACAUUUUCCGGUUGUCUUCAAGAUGAUAAAUCAACCAAGCAUUGGCUUCAAUUGUUGAUUAAAAAUUUGGAACUUGGAUCUGUAGCACCAACCGAUCCACGUCAAAUUGGAAUGUCUCCACUGACCUCAUAAACAUAAAAUAAACAUACAAAAAACUCAAUCCACGCUACAAUUUUAUACACAUGAACCUCCAAACAAAAAUAUUAAAAAAAAACACACACAAAAAAAACUAAAAUAAAUAUAAAUAAUAUUUUAAAUGGAAACCUCGUGAUAAUUAAAACAAAACAUUGUUAAAUAAAAAUAAACAGAGGAGACUGUCAAUAUGAUUAUAAUUAAAAUUAAAAAAAAAAAAAACACAAAAAAGUACCUAAUCAAAAGCAUAACAAUACAAAUUUAUUAAUUACUACUGGCAUUAAAAUUUAAUUUUUAAUUUGAAUUGAAAAAAAAAAAAAAAAAAACAAAUAAAAAUAUAUAAAUUAGUAAAUUAUGAGAUCCUCUUUUUAAACAAAAUUAAACUUAACAAAAUCAAAUAUUAUAUCCAGAAUAAAAAAAAAUAAAUAAAUAAAAUACAAAUAAAUAAUCCACAACAACUAAAUAGUUAUUUUUUCCAAAUCUGAUUUAAAAUGCUUAACUGAAUUUAAGGAAUGUUAAUUUUUUGAUCUUAGAAAAUUUAAGAGAUAAAGAGUUAUGUUGAUAUUGAUACAAUUAUUAUCUAUAAAACUAAAAUGUAAAACACUUUAUAUAGAUUAUAAUAAUAUAUUAUGCAACCAAUAGUUAAUUAUUCAUAACAGCAUAUUGUAUAAAUUAUGUAUGUAAAAUUGUAAAUGUAAAAAACAAAAAAAAAAAAAACAAAAAACAAAAACAAACCUUGCAUAGCAAAGUAGGACUAUCAAAAAUUAAAAAGUGUUGAUAAACAUAAAUUAUAAAAGGACACAUCAAAAUGUAAAAAAAACAUCUACUUUUGUUAUUUUUGUACGAUUUAAAAAAAAAUCAUAGAAAGAAAAAUGCCAAUUUAACAAUUUAAAUAGAAAACAUAGAAACUCUCGGAAAAUAAAUUUAAACACUCAACGUGAGCAAUGUUCUGUGUGGACUUGCAAAUAUUUUGUCCGCAACCAAAACUCCAAAGUAAUGUGGUUGAUCCAUUCACUGCUGUAUUAAUUCGAUACGAUUAUAUGAAUUUUUCGAGACGAAUUUUAUGUUGUCAAUCAAUUCGAGGCUGUCCUGUUUUUAUGACUUUAGCCAGUUCGGUCCGAAUAAAGCUGCCUUGAAAUAAAUAUAUACAAAAGUUCACUUCAAGUUACGCUUUUAUAUAAAAUAUUUCAAUAUCUCCUCGUUCGACUCAUGUAAUUAUAUAAAUAAAUAAUUGGCUAGUUGUGUAAAAAGAAAUCACUUAUACUUUUUUUUGUAUUUUAUUUAUAUUGAUUUUCUUUUUUUUCUGUCCAUUUCACAUUUAUUAUAAAAAAAAAAAUUGUUUCCUGAAUGUUUUGCGAUUUCGCUAACAUUUAUUUUUUUUCUAGAUUUAAUUUUGUAAGUUAGUUUACUUUUAAGUUAUAGCCUCAACAUACCCAUAUUAUAUAUACCAUGUACACAAAUACAUAAUAGCGUUUGUAAUAUACAAGAAAAAAAAUUAGUUUUAGUUGUUUGUUCAUUUUAUAUAUUAUAAAGAAUUCAUUUUUUCCUUCUAUUAGCAUUUGCGGCCUACUUUAAUAAUAUUAUUAUUAUUCGUGUGUAUUUAUUUAUUAAUAAUAUUUUUUUUUAUUAAAAAAAAAUAUAAGCUUUUGAUUCAUUUCAUCAUAUAGCGAUGUAUAACACACUACCAAAAUCUCAAAUUGAGUGAUUGUAUUUAGUAUAAUGAAUAGUUUAUACCUCUAAUUCUUAUUCCUUAAUUAUUUUUCUUUGUCAAAAAAUAAAAAAAAAAAAUACAAAUAAAUGAAUUUAUUGAUAAAAUAUAUAAAUAAUAUAUGUAUACAAAUACUUUUUUUUUAAUUAGCCAAAUAAAACCGAAAAACGAAUUGAAAAUAAAAAUUUGUAUGGACUUUAAUUAGACAUAAUUAUAAUGGUUAGUAAAACUAAUUACAUAUAUAAUUAAAACAAAAACAAAAUAAAUAACAACAAAUUAAUAAAAUAUUUUACUGAAAAGAGAAUAUGUGAAAUCCAUCGCGCAUGUAAACGCGAUGUUAGUAAGUAACAAUUUUUAUCCAGUGUGUAAACAACAUUACAAUGAACUAAUUAUAAAAAAAAUUAAAAAAAAAAACAAA